ACCAGCUGAUCGUCCACACAGACAGAGAGCUGAGAGGCAGGAGGAGGGGAGCUGAGAGGGGAGUGACUACUGAUGCUCCGGUAAUCUGCGCUGUGUGAGUCAGUGCUGUGGCAAGCAAAGCGGCAACAGAAGCAGCUGCAGCAGCGUGAGACACGUUUCUCGCUCACGAGCGUCAACAACGCAGAAGAGCAGGAUGGGAAAGCUGAGCGGCUAAGCAAGAAGAGGAAGUGAGACAGCCGUAUCGAAAGCAAGAAGGAAGGGACAAAACCAAGAGAGAUCAGCCUUGUAUUUUGUUGCGACUGUGGAGUGUCACAGAAUUGCAGAUUGCAUUGACAGCUACAGCAAUCUAAACUGACCCAGACGAAGAGGAAGUUUACCGUUAUAUAUCAGAGGUGGCAUCGGGGUUAGGACUUGCUGUGUUGCAGGGAUGUCCUGGUUGUCUCCGGUCCAGUGGGCCAAAUGGACUUGGUCAGCAGUGACGGGAGCUGCAGGAGACGAUGGGCAGCCCAAAGCGAAGGAUGAUGGAGAGGACAAUUCGGACUCUGAGGGGACCUUCGAGACUCCAGAAACUGAGUCUCCAGGUGUUGUAAAGCUGCUAGGCCAACUGGAUAACUCCAGUCACAGAGUUGUUCCUGAUGGUACAAACCACUUUCUGGACCAGAACUCCAAUCAAGAUGUCACUACACCUCCGUCCCAAGGGGUUGAUUCCCUGAACAACCUCACCGGCUCCUCGCUUAACAACAGCACCUUCAGUCUGAAUCAGAACCUUAAUUUGACCCCAUGCACAAAACCUGGUCCUGGAGAAGGCUUCUCCUCAUCCAGCCCUCAGGCUCCAGCUCUUCGGCCACCGUCACUGUCCGUCAUCUCACCGUUGAACAAACCUGAUCCUACGGAGGUGGACGACGAAGCUCCAGCGACAUCUGACUCCAGCCCGGACUCAAACCUGACCCUCAGUAAUGUCAUUUGCAGCGAUGCCGAUUUGCUCAAUGGCAACAUGAACUCUGACGACGUGCUGUCGAACACGAACCUGACCUGCGAGACCAACAACACAAUUCUCACGAACUCCUGUAAAGUGAAGCAGAACCAGGCGAUGCAGAAGGACUUCAGUGGAAAAGAUGACCAUCAUGAAGGCCACGCCACAGACGAGGAGAAGCUGGCAAGCAGUGUCGGGGUCAAACCAGAAAAGGACCAAAACAGCAAGGACUGCCAUGUGACAUCCAAACCCGAGGAGUCAGACUGCUGCUCUGCGCAGUUUGAAGACACGUGCAAACUGAAGAACAAAUCAGGGGGAAGUGAGAUGCAGAAAACGGGAAGUCAGGUCCUGGAUUCCAUCUGCAUCAGUGAGGCAGAAAAACAGGCAGUUCUCACCCUCAUCAGGGAGGAGAUCAUCACUAAAGAGGUCGAAGUGAACGACUGGAAGAAAAAGUACGAGGACUGCAGGCAGGAAGUGGAUGAGAUGAGGAAGAUUGUUGCAGAAUAUGAGAAGACUAUUGCUCAGAUGAUUGAGGAUGAGCAGCGCAACAACCUGACCUCCCAGAAGGCUUUGCACGCAGUGACGAUGGAGAAGGAAGCCGCUCUGGCAGACCUGAACUCCGUCGAACGCUCUCUCUCUGAUGUGUUUCGACGUUACGAAACUAUGAAGAGCACCCUUGAAGGCUUUAAGAAAAAUGAAGAAGUGCUGAAGAAGUGUGCUCAGGACUAUCUGGCCAGAGUCAAACAGGAGGAGCAGCGAUACCAGACGCUGAAAAUUCAUGCCGAGGAGAAACUAGACAAGGCCAAUGAGGAGAUCGCUCAGGUCCGUAUGAAGGCGAGCUCAGAGAACAUGGCUCUGACCGCCAGCCUGAGGAAGGAGCAGAUGAAGAACGAGUCUCUGGAACAAGCUCUACAGCAGAAGAAUCAAGAGAUCGAGGAACUCACAAAGAUCUGUGAUGAGCUGAUUGCCAAAAUGGGUAAAAUAGAUUGAGGGUUGCUUCAUCAGAAUCGGCCACUACAGUCCCUCCCGCCCUGCCUACAGUAAUGCCCUGUGCACGCCCCCAGCCAAGAAGCAGCUCGUCCCCUGUGCCUGCCCUCUCAGAGCCUGCUUUUGUACAGAUGUCUGAAGUAACUUCUUGCGUACUACAAUUGCACUACAUGUGACCAGAACCAAGACGGUUGUAGACAUGUUAACUAUACGUAAUCACUUUGUUUUGUUUGUGGCCAUUAUGUGGCCAUCUGGAGCCCUUGUGCUUUUGUCCAUCAUGCCAGUGAACAACAACCUGCUUGUGACUCAACUUAAACUCCCAGCGGCUUAACAGCUAAAUUCCCAGCAACUCCUCCUGCAGGAUGACAUCGGAUUUAAUGCAGGCUGGGGUUUGUUUUGAAGUUACAAUUGGGCUUUUGAUUUGAUGGGCUUUUGAUUAUUUUAUAUUAAAGUAAGAAUCCUGAAAAUGUAUUUUUCUAUGACGUAAACAGGGAUUUUAUUUUGGAAGAGUAAAGCUCAGGGGUAUUGUUUGGGGCAGAAUGAGGUCAAGUCAAACUGCACAAGAACUGGAGGAAAGGAUUUAGGAUUGAGGAAACGCACGAGUCCUCAGAGGCCUUGGUUUGUUCAGGAGUGACACUGAAACCAAGCUGCAAAUGAUUUAUGGCUGUUGCUUUUUCUGGUUUACAGUACUGUGACACAUUUGGGAUUGUGAGGAGUUCAAAGUGCUGCAGAAUGUUUAUCAGUCGCAGAGACGUAUAAUAACCUGACAAUCAUAGACUUUCCUGUGAUUAUAUACAUUUUGGUGGCAUCGUUUUGUCCGAUCCACAAAAUCAGCACAGAGACGACUUUAAAAAUUUAGAAAGAAAAAUCAGCUCCACUGCUGUAUAAGGUCCCAUGUUGUGCCGCUUUUCAGCAGAUUAAUCGAAGUGUCGCAUGUCUCCACAAUGUGUCUUUUAGUUUUUAUCUCAAAUACUGAAAAGAUGUCAGAAGAAGACAACAGCUUUUAUUUUAAACCAAGUUUAUUACAACCACAAAACACUAUAACAGUGUAUUUUCACCGUAUGGGACCUUUAACUAUGUCAUGUUAAGAAUCCUGAACAACUGGAAAAAAUAAAACAUACUGACGAUAUUUUGAUUGAGCUUAUUUACAAUUAUUACAUGAUUAGCAAGUGCUGCUAUAUGUCAUCGCUCUGUCAUUGAGUUUCCACUAAUCAUAUUUACCUCUUGGAAACUAAGAGCUUUUUGUUCCGUUGUUUAUGCGUGAUGAAGAUGUGAGUCCUCAUACCUGCAUUUACAGCCGUGCACAAGUUAUUCAACAAAUACGUCUGUUUCUUUGCAUGUUUAUUUUUACAGCUUUAUGCUUCUCAGACUGCAGAUCAUUUUCUCUACACACCAGUAAACACUAGUUGUUUGGCACAGAGAUGUAAUGUUUUAGGUGGUUUUGGUUUAGUAAAUGGUUAUCAGUGGGAGAAUCUCGGAACUGCUGCCAGUAUGAUUCAUGAUGAGUAUUGGUUCUUGUUUUUCUUUGGAAUCUGCUUUUCAAUUCUUGCUUUUUUUCUAUAGAAGAAAAUUUCCCUCCAGUAAAGGCAAACAUUUCUACAACAAAAAUGAAGGUUUAACACAAACUACUGUUUGGCUCAAUAUAACAGUUUAAAAACUGCAAAUGUAUGUUUUAAAUUGGUGAUCUUUGUUCAAGUAAAUAUAAAUGCAAAUAUUUAGUUGAAAAACGGUCUCCACUUAAAGCACAAGCCCACUCUUGUGCCACAGUUGAUAUUUGUGCCAUUCUAAUGUCAUGUUCACUCUUGUUACUCGGCUUUGUUUUUAUAAGAUACGGCUUUGUAACUUUAGCCCAUUUCUUUAAUUAUUUGUGUCAGUUUGUGAAUUAGAAAUGGCGAUCUCACACUUGUGUUGAAGCAGCGUGAAUGUGUUGUACAUUUGCCUGAAUAAAUAUAAUUUGUUCAGCUA